UGAUUUGCAUCCCCCUCUCUGGGUUGCUCUUGGCAGGGCAGGCAGCUGUCUCAGUCUAACUCUGGCUGGGAAAGCCUUGCUGUUAGAGGCUCUUUCCCAGAAGUUGGACGAAGAGGCUCAAGCGUUGCUGUUUCUUCUUUUUCAAGUCAAGUGGUUACUCUGGUAAUGGAUUGCCUCUCUCCGAGCUUUCACCCUGGUGAGACUGUCCAGAUCAGCCUGUAAACCCAGCUUAGAAGCACGUUGUAAAAAUGACUGAAGAGCCCAUCAAGGAGAUCCUGGGAGCCCCAAAGGCUCACAUGGCGGCGACGAUGGAGAAGAGCCCCAAGAGUGAAGUUGUGGUCACCACAGUCCCCCUGGUCAGUGAGAUUCAGUUGAUGGCUGCUACAGGGGGUACCGAGCUCUCCUGCUACCGCUGCAUCAUCCCCUUCGCUGUGGUUGUCUUCAUUGCUGGCAUCGUGGUCACUGCAGUGGCUUACAGCUUCAAUUCCCAUGGGUCCAUUAUCUCCAUCUUUGGCCUGGUUGUUCUGUCAUCUGGACUUUUUUUACUAGCCUCCAGCGCCUUGUGCUGGAAAGUGAGACAAAGGAGCAAGAAAGCCAAGAGACGGGAGAGUCAGACAGCUCUCGUGGCAAAUCAGAGAAGCUUGUUUGCUUGAGACUGAAUACGACCAAAUGGGCCAUUGGGCCUGGAAAACGUGCUCUGACUUUGUCACCCAAUUCACCCAGAACCAUGGUGGGAGAGAACAGACUUGGCAUUGGAGCAGACUGGAAGAAUGGGGGUGGGAGGGUGGAGGGGCUUCUCCUUUGUGAGGAAUGACUCAUGUCUUCUUUAACGACAAACUUAACCCUAAGGGCUAUUUCUGAGACUGAAAAAUCAGCUUUCUAUUUACAUUAAACACUUUGGGGGUCAUGGGAGUGCAUGGCAUUAGACAGUAUUUGGUUCACCCUGUAAAGUAGCCAAGAAAAGAUGAGAAAAUAACAAGAUAGGCCUGGCACACUAGACAUUUGCCUCCAAAAGAAAUAACCUACAGUCCUAAGAUGUAUCAUAAAAAUGUUCUACCAAGGAUCUAAAUUACCUUCGGUUUCACAUAUGUCUAUGAAAUUCUGUGAUAAUUUUUUUCAAUACAUUGAUUCACUGGCAUCUGUUUUCAUUUUUCACUUUUAAUAACUCAUCACUGGUGGUACUUUAUCUUGAAGAGUAAACUAAUAUUUUUUAUAUUUUAACAUUGGACAGUUUUAGCCAGUUGUAACGAUGUAUCAGAAGUAAAGAAAAACCCAUUAAAGUUAUAGCUAAUAGAUGCUGUUGGGGUUAAAUUAAUAGUAAAAUAAUCCAAUAUAGCACUUUUGAUGAUUUUUAUAUAAAAGUCAACUGUACGUUUCAUUCAGAAUAAUAAAUACUUAUUGCUGCUAAAACUUCUUAAAUGGUUGUUUCUGCUAUAGUUAUUUCUAUUGCAGUUCCAAAUUGCCGUCUUCCCUUGUCUCAUUUGCAAGUUCUCAACUGUAUUUCUCUCAAAUGGACAGGUUCCUUCUUCUUUACUGGAGGAUUUUUGUUUUUAUCAUGUUGGUUUUUCAUUACUUCUGAAUAGUCUUAAUUACGUUUACUAAAUUCUAAAGGAGUUCUGUGCUAUUAUAAUUAGGAAAUCAAUGUCUUUGGUCAGGAACUUUAUAAUGUGCUAUUAAAUGUUUAUUACAUUUUUGUGGAA